UGUUGGUAGGAAUUGGUAAUAGUGCAGUGAUGGUACUACUGUUUGUUGCUUUGCGAGAAGAGCCGUCUAUUUGAUAUUAAUCUGAAGUAUCUGGACCUCUCUCUCGAAUGAUCGUAUGACGUACUUAAAUGUUCCAUUGAUAUCCGCGAGUGUGCCUUCGACGAGAGGUGGUCGUAAAUAUCGUAAUGUCCGCGACUUGAUUUGCAGACGAAGGCCUACGUGAGGCGACGUGGAGAGGCGAGAGCGAGUGCGAAAGAGAGAGGUGGUUGGAUAGAAUACGAUACGAAGCGCGAUUAAUAACGUCAUCAUUGUCAUCGUCAUCGAAGUUUCAGCUGCGCUUGUUCGUUCUCAAGACAGCGAGAGGCUAGUCUUGCGGGAGUUGUGUGCGUGAUAUCGCAUACAUUCGUGCGUGAGUAUCGCGAGUGGGUGGGCGAGGCGUGUUUUCUCGCUCUGGUUCUCCGCACGCUCUGUCGAGGUAUAUCUUCGCGACGGGCACUCGCUCUGCUCGCUCGCUCGCUUGCGCGCGUGCGCUCUCUCUCUCUCUCUCUCUCUCUCUCUCUCUCUCUCUCUCUCCCUCUCCCCCCCUCUCUCUCUCUCCCGUGUAUCUGUGGUGUGCGCCGCGCGUGGUGUGCGGGAGUGCGUGCGUGAGGUUGCACUCCGAGGCAGCAGCGGUGCGUCGAUCGUGCGGAUUGGCAGCGAUGAGCGACGACAGGAGCGAGGAUGAGCCGCUCAUGGACAGCUUCAAUUGGUACAGCAACUGGGAGCAGCAGUGCGUUGAGGCACUCGAGUCCGAACCCGAUUAUGAGAAUCAGCUGCAUAACGAGAAGGAGCUCUACUCACAGCAGAUGUGGACGAAGUUUCAGACCACCGCUUCGGCCAUCGCCCAGUUGUACAAAGACCGCACAUUGGGUGUCUCACUAUGGGUGCCCUUUCAGACGGCCGCAGGUACCGUCACAUCAUUGUACAAAGAUUCAGUGGAUUGUAUGAGGCGAUGUAGCGAUUUGGGAGUGGAAAUGGGCAAGCAGAAACGUUGUAAAGAAAUAAUGAAUUGGGCUAGGAAAAAAAGACGUAUGAUUCGCAGGGAAGAUCUUCUUGCAUAUCUCGCUGGAAAACCACCUCCACCUCGUUCGCAUCCACACAGAAGUUCACCUAAACCGCGUAUGAUGGUAUGCGGUUCUCCGUCGUCGCAAAGUCAAACGCCGAGUAUGAUGAUUGCUCCUGCGCCGACAACAGGCACUGAUCCAGAUCCUGAGUUGCACACAUUUAGAGAAGCAUUGUCGGGUUCUCCAGUGUCUCGACGUGGCGGAAGACAAGCCGAACUGUCGGCUUUUAUUAGCAACGAAUUGGCUCGGCAUCAUAAACGGCCUGCUUCGCAUGACGUGGAUAUGGGAUCACCCACGCACAAACGUAUGCGUACUACACUGUAACGGCGCGCGACGCGUACGGUAGCUUUACUCCCUCGUUCCCUGUUAAUUAAUCGACCUGAUUAAUGACUAAUAGCUCAGCUCCCCUACAUAACUCCUGGUUAUGUGUAAUCAUUUGAGGGAAACGGUAGUGGUUCAUACUGCCAGAUAAGCACGUUCGUAUGUGUCUCCUGCAGCUUUUACUGCAAAUCUCGAUUUAUAUAUAACAUUCAAAAUUACUUAAUCUCAUUAAUAACUAUGUAGAGUGCGUAUAUCUGAUGCAUAAAAUGAUGUAUUUUUAGUCUUGCACGCACAUAAUAUAUUUAUGGGAUAUUUAUUUUGCGUGUAUUGGCAAAUUAAUUAAUUGUAUUUACGCUGUAAAAGUUUUAUUUUUUUUGUAUGCGAUUUCAUGACAUUUGGAUCUCGAAAUCUUGUACAGUAUAAAUGUAUAUAUGUAUAUGAAAUUAUGUAUUUUUUGUUUAUCGACACAAAAUUAGUGAGAGCACACGAACGUGUCUUAACAACUACUGUUUAAAGUGCCCCCACACACACACACACACACACACACACAAACACACACACACACACACACACACAAAACACAAUACAACACAAUGAUCGGUCUGACAUUACGUGCAAGAAUUUGUAUAUGAGACUGUCAUUUUGUCGAUCAAUUUACGAGGAAUUUUUUUAGCCAGAUAUGUGACAUCCGAAACGUUAAGUCUUUAAAUGUUAAUACAUAUAUUCGAUAUAUGUAUCAAAAUUUGUAACGACUGAGAAGCAUUCUAAUAUUAUCUAUCAAUCAAUAUUGUUGAUAAUUUAAUGUUUUCC